AUGAGCAGGAUGCUGUUGUCAUGUGCUCAGGCCUAUUCCAGUCCUCUCUACAAUGCAGUUGGUGGGAGGGAUGGAGUUCUGCAGCUGGAGGACCUUCAGGUUGAAAGGGCCCUUCUCUUCCUGGUCCUCAUCCUCCUAGGGAUUCAGAUGCACAGAGGGAGAAUCCACAACAAGGUGGGCAACCUGUGGGGCACUGAAGGAUAUGGGAAAGAGUGUGGAUAUGGUGAUUCUCUUUAUGAAGCCGUGUACCAAGACAUUGAUUACUAUCUGACAGGGGGCAAGGAGGACCUUCUGAGCAGCCCAGGUGAUGGGUAUGAUGAUGCUGAAGAAUUACCUGGGCCUGAAAUUCCCCCUGUUACCCAGAUGAAUGUGGGGGGUACUCUGGGAACUACCAAUGAAUGGGAUGAGUACAGGGAAUCACACACAGACAGUGACAAAAUCCGACUCAGGGGAGGAGAGGGUCGAUGCUCUGGACGAGUGGAGAUCUGGUACAAUGGCUCCUGGGGAACAGUAUGUAGUGACUACUGGGGCCCAGAAGAUGCUGAUGUGGUUUGUCAGCAGCUGGGCUGUGGCUCUGCUCUGCAUGCCCCAAGAUGGGCUGCAUUUGGCCCAGGAAAUGGACCCAUCUGGUUGGAUGAUGUACAGUGCAAAGGGACAGAGUCCUUUCUGUGGGACUGCCGUGCAAGGCCCUGGGGUCAGAAUAAUUGUUACCAUACAAGAGAUGCUAGUGUCAUAUGUUCAGGAUUUGUCAAGCUGGUUGCUGGGGAUGGACCCUGUAAUGGGAGGGUGGAAGUAAAUUCUGAAAACAAAUGGAGCACAGUUUGUGAUUGGAAUUUUACUCUUUCUACUGCCAAAGUCAUUUGUGCUGAGUUACAGUGUGGGACUGCAGUUUCUAUCAUGAAAAGAGCUCACUUUGGAAGAGGAAAUGGACCCAUCUGGGACAAAGAAAUCCAGUGUAAUGGAAGUGAACCGCUUCUGCCAUUGUGCCCCACAGUACCACUUCUACAAGGAAUAUGCAGUCACAGCAUGGAUGUCGGAGUCAUUUGUUCAAAGUACACAGACUUUCGUCUGAUGAAUGGAAGCUCCCAAUGUGAAGGAAUAGUAGAGAUCCAAGUUUUGGGGAUCUGGAGAAGUCUCUGUGAGUCCCACUGGGACCUGGCAGAUGCCAAUGUUCUCUGCCAUCAGCUCAACUGUGGUGUUGCCACGAAGACUCCAGAAGAUGUACAUUUCAGCAAAGGAAAUGUCCAGAUCAUAGGGGAUACAUUUUAUUGCACAGGGACUGAGUCUCAUUUAUGGGAUUGUCCUGUGAUUAUUCUGGGGACUUCCUCUUGUUCCAAAGGCAAAGUUGCCUCUGUGGUCUGCUCAGAAAAUGGACAGGUUCGUCUGUUGAAUGGAAGAGGUCCCUGCUCUGGAAGAGUUGAAGUCUAUUACAAUGGUACAUGGGGGACCAUCUGUGAUGAUUCUUGGGACCUAAGUGAUGCCCACGUAGUGUGCAGGCAGCUGGGCUGUGGAGUGGCCCUCGAAGUCAUGGUCUUUGCUCACUUUGGACAAGGAUCAGGCCCCAUCUGGCUGGAUGAGCUUAAUUGCUCUGGAAAUGAACAUCAUCUAGGGGAGUGCCCUGCCAUCCAUGGGGGUCAGCAUGACUGCAGACACAAAGAGGAUGUGGGAGUCCUCUGCUCAGAAUCCCUGGAUCUCAGGCUGGUGAGUGAGGACCAUAAGUGCUCUGGGUGGCUAGAAGUUUUCUACAAUGGAACAUGGGGUAGUGUUUGCUCCAACUCCAUGGAAGACAACACAGUAUCAGUGAUUUGCAGACACCUGAGUUGUGGUUCCAAGGGGCAUAUUGAAACAUUUUCUAGCCCCCGAAAUGACUUGCAGUUCAGGUGGAUAGACAAAAUCAACUGCCAAGGUCAAGAAUCCUUCCUCUGGCAUUGUCCUUCUCAAUCUUGGGGCCAGAAUUCUUGUCAGCAGGGAGAGGAAGCCCUUAUCGCAUGUGAAGAGAAAGACAAACUCCGACUCAGAGGAGGAGAGACCCCGUGCUCUGGACGAGUGGAGAUCUGGCAUGAUGGCUCCUGGGGGACUGUAUGUGAUCCCUCACAGGGCCUAAAAGCAACUGGUCAUGUGGUGUGCCAGCAUCUGGGCUGUGGCUCUGCUGUGACCGCUGUGCGAGGGGCUCCAUUUGGCCCAGGAGAAGGGAUCAUCUGGCUGGUACAGUGUAGAGGGACAGAGGCUUCUCUGUGGGAUUGCCAUAGAAGGAUAGUGCAAAAUUCCUGUAUUCAUGGAUCUGAUGUCGGUGUCAUGUGCUCAGGAUUUGUCAAGCUGGUUGCAGGGGAUGGGCCCUGUAAUGGGAGGGUAGAAGUAAAUUCUGAAAGAAAAAUGAGCACAGUCUGUGAUUGGAAUUUUACUCUUUCUACUGCCAAAGUCAUCUGUGCUGAGUUACAGUGUGGGACUGCAGUGUCCAUCAUGAAAGGAGCUCACUUUGGAAGAGGAAAUGGACCCAUCUGGGACAAAGAAUUCCAAUGUAAUGGAAGUGAACCUCUUCUGUCAUUGUGCCCCACAGUACCACUUCCACAGGGAAAAUGCAGUCACAGCAUGGAUGUUGGAGUCAUUUGUUCAAGGUACACAGACUUUCGUCUGAUGAAUGGAAGCUCCCAAUGUGAAGGAAGAGUGGAGAUCCAAGUUUUGGGGACCUGGAGAAGUCUCUGUGAGUCCCACUGGGACCUGGCCGAUGCCAACGUUCUCUGCCAUCAGCUCAACUGUGGUGUUGCCAUGAAGCCUCCAGAAGACGUACAUUUUGGCAAAGGAAGUGUCCAGAUCAUAGGGGAUACAUUUUAUUGCUCAGGGACUGAGCUUCAUUUAUGGGAUUGUCCUGUGAUUAUUCUAGGGACUUCUUCUUGUUCCAAAGGCAAAGUUGCCUCUAUGGUCUGCUCAGGCAACCAGACUCAGUCCCUCACAUUCAAUAAUUCACCAUCUGAAAAGGAAAAGGCACCUGUCCUAUUUUCAGAAAAUGGACAGGUUCGUCUGUUGAAUGGAAGAGGUCCGUGCUCUGGAAGGGUUGAAGUCUAUUACAAUGGUACCUGGGGGACCGUCUGUGACGAUUCUUGGGACCUGAGUGAUGCCCACGUGGUAUGCAGGCAGCUGGGCUGUGGAGUAGCCCUCGAAGCCAUGGUCUCUGCUCACUUUGGAGAAGGAUCAGGCCCCAUCUGGCUGGAUGAGCUCAGCUGCUCUGGCAAUGAAUCCCACCUAGGGGAGUGCCCUUCCCUCCACUGGGGUCAGCAUGACUGCAGGCACAAAGAGGAUGUGGGAGUCCUCUGCUCAGAAUCCCUGGAUCUCAGGCUGGUGAGUGAGGACCAUAAGUGCUCUGGGUGGCUAGAAGUUUUCUACAAUGGAACAUGGGGUAAUGUUUGCUCCAACUCCAUGGACGACAACACUGUAUCAGUGAUUUGCAGACACCUGAGUUGUGGUUCUAAGGGGCGUAUUGAAACAUUUUCUAGCUCCCAACAAAGUUUGCAGGCCAGGUGGAUAGACAAAAUCAACUGCCAAGGUCAAGAAUCCUUCCUCUGGCAUUGUCCUUCUCAAUCUUGGGACCAGAAUUCUUGCCAGCAGGGAGAGGAAGCCCUUAUCACAUGUGAAGAAAAGAAGGUCCUUGACUGCCCAACCCCUGGUCACUGCACAGGUAUCUCAGUUCAUAUCUCUCUGUACCUGCGGAUCUCAGAGGUUGCUCCUCUCCAAGCUGGGAGUGUGACAGGGGAUUCUGCUUCCUUUCCAGACAAAGACAAACUGCGGCUUAGGGGAGGAGAGAGCCAAUGCUCUGGACGAGUGGAGAUCUGGCACAAUGGCUCCUGGGGCACAGUAUGCAAUGACUACUGGGACCUAGCAGAUGCUCAUGUAGUUUGUCAGCAGCUGGGCUGUGGCUCUGCUCUGGCUGCCCCAGAAUGGUCUGCAUUUGGCCCAGGAAAUGGGACCAUCUGGUUGGAUGAUGUGCAGUGCAGAGGGAGGGAGUCCUCUCUGUGGGAUUGUCCUGCAAGGCCCUGGGGGCAGAAUGACUGUAAGCAUGAGCAGGAUGCUGGUGUCAUGUGCUCAGUUGAAAGUACAACAUUGCCAUCUACCACAAAAGGUACACUGCUAGUUUCUGCGUCUUUGAACUCUCUGUUUGGGAUCUUCUGCCUCAUUUUAGGGGCCCUUCUCUUCCUGGUCCUCAUCCUCCUGGGCAUUCAGACUCACAGAGGGAGAAUCCAGCAACAAGCUCUGUCCAGAUAUAGGGAUUCUCUUUACGAAGCUGUGUACCAAGACAUUGAUUACUAUCUGAAAGAGGACAAGGAAGACCUUCUGAGGAGCCCAGGUCAGUUCUUUGGGAGAUCCCCUGACUCCAGGAUGGGAGAGGAUGACCCGCCCAUGUCCUCUGAGGCCCUGGGGUAUGAUGAAGCUGAGAUUGGUGUCCCUCAGAUGGUAUACAGACUUUCGUCUGAUGAACGGAAGAUCCCAAUGUGA